CCGGAGAAGACGGUAAUACUGGAAUCGUCACAAUCAAAGUAUACGUUCAACAACUAAUGCGUUGCUUAGAGCUGAAAGACUUUCUACAAACGCACAGGUGUCCAAGAUUCCCAAGCUUUAUCAGAGAACACCAAAAUGACAUUGCACUAUGGUCGGUCGGUUUAGCGGCAAAUAGCGCAGCACGUCUUCACGGGAUCUGGCUCAAUCGGUACAAGGAACUACUUGAAGACGACAACAGAGAUAUUCAGAGCAGCAAAAAAGUUGCAUAUGAUCGUUUGCGAUGGGACACAAUCAUGGUUGAAGUAAACAGGAGGAGGAACUUGGCACAUACCUUCAAAGAACAAGCGCUCGACUUGUUGGUGGUAUCUGCAGAGCCAGCGGCGGCGGAAGGUCAACGAGUAAUUCAUGCAACUAGUUCUACAAUUCCUGCAAAGCGCUCGGCUGAUGGCGAUUUGGAUGAAGAAGACGAAUGCAAUCGUGCUUCAACAUCAAAUGUUGAAACUACAAGUGACUCCGAAGCCGACGACAUAUCACCGCCAUCCAGCGAUACAGAAGAAUUUCCUUUGAGUUCUAUUUCACAGAAUGUUCGUGCACCCAUUGCAUCUGACCGGUUGAUCAUCGACGCCAUCGACUAUGUUGUAUUUAAUUUUCGCAAUCAGUCGCUAACGUUUUUAUAGAUCUCUUGCAUCGGUUUUAUUGGUGAACAAAGGUCGUAUGCACCCUGAAUCAAGAAAGUUCUUCAACAAUGACCUUGUGAAAAAAUUGCUUCGACCAU